UUUUAUAUUCUCUCUCUUCUCUUCUUGUGUUUGUUUUUUUUCAAGUAAAAUUAUCAAAGUUGUGAGAGCUUGAAGAAACUCUCUCUUUCUCUCUUUUCUUUCUUUAUAAAUAUAUAUACAGCUAUGUUAUAAUUAGGGAGAGAUUUUAAUAACCAGAGGUUUAAGGAGGAAGGAGGAAGGAAGAAGAAGAAAGAGAGAAAUUUAAAGAGUUAUGGCAGUGGGAAUUGGAAUAGAAAAUGGAGGGCAAUACAAUGGAAAGAUGACUCCAUUUGUGGUGUUUUCUUGCAUGAUGGCUGCCAUGGGAGGUGUUCUUUUUGGCUAUGACAUUGGAAUUUCAGGUGGAGUGACUUCAAUGGAAUCAUUUUUGAAGAAAUUCUUUCCAGAAGUGGAUAGAAAAAUGAAGGAAGACAAAGAUAUAAGCAACUAUUGCAAAUUUGACAGCCAACUUUUAACAUCCUUCACAUCUUCUUUGUACCUAGCAGGCCUUGUAGCUUCCUUCUUUGCUUCGUCUAUGACCAAAUCUUUAGGACGUAGACCUUCCAUUCUCUUCUCCGGCGUCGUUUUUAUCGCUGGGGCUGCGCUCGGCGGUGCCGCUAUGAAUGUUUACAUGCUCAUACUUGGUCGUGUAUUGUUGGGAGUCGGAGUUGGUUUCGCAAAUCAGGCUGUGCCAUUGUACCUCUCUGAAAUGGCACCAUCAAACUACAGAGGAGCUAUAAACAAUGGCUUCCAAUUCAGCGUCGGAAUCGGAGCUCUAGCCGCCAACUUAAUCAACUUCGGCACCCAAAAGAUUAAAUCCGGCAAUGGCUGGCGAAUCUCCCUCGCCUUGGCCGCCUUCCCCGCUUCAAUCUUAACCCUUGGUGCCCUUUUCCUUCCCGAAACCCCCAACAGCCUCAUUCAGCGCGGCAAUACACACCAACUGGUCGAUGAAAUGCUCCAACGAAUCCGAGGCACCCCCAAUGUCCAAUCCGAGCUCGCUGACCUCAUCAAAGCCAGCGAAAUUGCUAAAUCCAUCGACAAUCCAUUCAAGAACAUCAUGAGAAGAAAAUACAGACCCCAAUUAGUGAUGGCCAUUGCCAUACCCUUCUUCCAACAAGUCACUGGGAUCAACGUAAUCGCUUUCUAUGCCCCAGUCCUGUUCAGGACAAUUGGAUUGGGGGAAAGCGCGUCUUUAUUCUCCGCAAUCAUGACGGGUGCUGUUGGGCUUGUCACUACCUUCAUAUCAAUGCUGGUGGUGGACAAACUGGGGCGGAGGGUUCUGUUCAUAGCUGGUGGUUUGCAAAUGUUUGUGUCACAGGUCAUUGUUGGUGGGCUGCUUGCAGCGCUGUUGGGCGAUCAUGGGGCUGUGAGUAAAGGGUAUGGCUAUUUGCUUUUGGUGUUGAUUUGUGUGUAUGUGGCUGGAUUUGGGUGGUCUUGGGGGCCAUUGGGGUGGCUUGUACCGAGUGAGAUAUUUCCAUUGGAGAUCAGGUCGGCGGGGCAGAGUAUUACAGUCGCAACUAGUUUUGUGUUCACAUUUAUUAUUGCUCAGACUUUUUUAACAAUGUUGUGCCACUUAAAAGCAGGUAUUUUCUUCUUCUUUGGAGGGUGGGUGGUGGUGAUGACUGUGUUUGUAUACUAUUUUUUGCCUGAGACUAAGAAUUUGCCCAUUGAGAAGGUGGAGAGGGUGUGGAGAGAGCAUUGGUUUUGGAAGAGAAUCGUUGGGGAAGAUGAGGAGGAGAGGAAGGUGGGGGAUUUUCAUUCUUCACUUUGAGGAUUCAAUUUCACACACACACAUGGUUGCCAUUGGGUUUUCGUUUAAAGCUAAGGUAGUCUAGGAGUUCAAACAUUAUAUUAGAUGGUGGAAUGAUGUAGAAUGAUUUUAUACAGUAAGAUGCCUGAGAUAUAAAUUAAAAUUUGUGAUUUUACUAUUGAACGAUUA